CGUGAUCAUUUACACACAGAUAACUCGCAUUUUAUUUUUAUAAAAAUAAAUCACUGUGGCAUUUUCUUAUUAAUUACAAAAAACAAAUUUACUUUCUUACUUUCUGUGCAAUAUUUUCUUUCAAGUAUCGAACUUAUUUCUUUUAAUAGGAUAAGAAAUUAUUGUAAAGGCUGUAAAAUCAAUCUUCCCGCUUCAUUUCUGUUGUAAUGGUAAGUUUAACACACGGAAGUAAUCAUGGAAAACGGAAUUGCAUCCUGUUCUUUCUAAUACUGAUAAAUCGUGCCUGCAUUUUUCACUUUGAAAGAGCUGAAAUUUUGAUUAGUUUUUCAUUAGAUUCCAUCAACAUUUUUGAAACUGAGUGAAGGGGAAUCAAACUUUUAGAGACUGUCCUGUGAAAUUAAAAUGGAAAAUUUCGAUACAGAAAAAAUAACGGUUUCAGACGAAUUAACUUUUAAGAAGUUGCUUCCGAUGAAACUUCACUAUUUUCUCCUCAUGAGCGGAAGUGCUGCAAUUUACCCAUACAUCUUUAUUUAUGGAAAACAGUUAAAUAUUACUGCUGAUGUUGUUGGAUAUAUCACAUCCGCCAUUUGGUGCAUUACAGUUCUAUCUAGACCAAUAAUAGGAGGUGUGACAGAUCACUUCAACAAAAAGUUCAAGCUGGUUCUUAUUUCCUUACUUCUUAUGAGCAUAUUCACUGACUUAGGUCUGAGCUUUAUACCAAAGUCGCAGCUGGAUAGCUCUUCAAACUUCACCACCAACUCUUCAAUGAUUUGUUAUAAUAACAACUCUUACCGUGUUGAGUUAGAGAUGAACAGUGCGAACUGUUGUCUUCUUUCUUGUUCAUUGAAUGAAGUAAAUAGUUCUGACUGUGGAAAUGAGAGUAUUCCAUCAUUAGAACAUUUUGAAAGUAUACCAUUGGAAUGCAACAAGGAUCUUAACACCACAUGUCUCGAUGGAGCUCUUAAAAAUGAUUGUAGCAAUGUUACCGGUAGUAAUAUCACUAACAAUGGUUCUGUUGGUCAAAAUGGAAUCUUACAAGUAAGUUUAUUUGGAAUUUUCGUCACUUUUUUUCUGGUAUCUCAAACAUCACUUGAAUCCUUGAGUGAUGCCGCUUGUGCUAAAAAUCUCGGUGAUGAAAUGGAAGAAUUUGGAAAGCAAAGAAUGUGGGGAACGAUCGGUUGGGCAAUCUUUGCAUUAGCAGCUGGAGCUUUGAAUCAUGCUUUCUCAAGAUCAGGCAGUGGAACAAAUUAUGUACCUGGAUUUUAUUUGUCGAUUGCAAUUUAUACCUUAGAUAUUUUUAUGAUAUGGAAACUGCAACUGAAAACUCCAAAAUCAGUAAAAAAUAUCUUCAAAAAUGUUGCUUGGUUGCUGUUAAAACCUAGAAUCAUAAUUUUUUUACUAGAAGUGAUAGCUAUAGGAAUGAUUAGAGGUGUGUACAUAACGUACUCACUCUGGUUCUUGGAAUCCAUAGGUGCAAGUGCAUUGCUGUUGGGUUCCAUAACAUCACUUCAAUGCUUUUUGGGAGAGAUUCCAUUUUUCUAUAUUUCUGGGUGGAUCAUCCGAAAAAUAGGACAUCUGAACGUAUUCACAAUGUCUUUUAUAGCUCAUGGUUUAAGAUUUCUGGCAUAUGCCUUUUUGGUAAAUCCUUGGUGGGGUUUGCUCAUAGAAGUUCUACAGGGGCCAUCAUUUGGAAGUUUCUAUGCUGGUUUGACGUCUUACGGAAAACUUUUAGCGCCACCUGGAGCUGAGGCCACUAUGCAAGGUAUAGCACUGGCAGGACUGGAUGGAAUUGGUACUUCUGUGGGCAGCUUAAUCUCAGGUUACUGGGUCCAAAAAGCAGGGCUGCGUGAAACCAUGUUCCAAGCAGGUUUUUGGUCUAUAAUCUUUGGAAUGGCCAGUUGCAUCCUCAAUGGUUUCAUCAUGUGUAAUCUCGUUAAAUGAGCGCAUUAAAUACAGACGAAAAAUGAAAUGCUAAAUUAAUAUUUUUUGAAAGUAUCCACUACUGUAUAUAAAGGAUCAUAAAUCAAACGUUCAUUUGAUUUUAAAAAAUUCUGAUUAAUAAAUGUAUUUUCUUCAAAUUUAUAAAUAGCUUCUUAUGGAAAAUAUGUCCAACUCAAAAGCAGUGACUAUCUAUAAUGCAACAAGGCUGCCAUAUGGCAGGAGCAUACUAUUUUCAGAGUUCUCAGUCUGAAAGUGUUGCAAUUACAAUCCAUAUAAAUGUUAUAGAUUCUGAUAUCUGCUCAAAUGUUUUAUCAUCUAGGAUUGAAAAAUGGAUUCCACCCUAAUCACUACUCUGGCACUAUGUUUUUUACAUGAGUAACAUUUUAUUUUGAGGUAAUCAUUCUCUGGCACUGUACUACCUGAGUAACAUUCUAUUUUGAGGUAAUCAUUACUCUGCCGCUACACUGCCAUAGUAAAAUUCUGUUGGAGAAUUCCUAUUUCUUUCCUAUUGGAGAGUAUAUUACUAAAAAUAUACUCUCCAAUGUAGCAUGUUUGGAAUUUUGUGUUAGUUCCAUUUCAAAAAUUUCAUUAAAAAAAAGGCUGUUACACUUUAAAAGCCCGCUGUGUAGAGUAACCGAGUGUGUAGUAGCUACUGAGGGCAAGGGCCCCUGAGCACCCGAGGACAGAAGUCUGACUUCUAGCUCAUAUGAAGAUGACACACACAUUCGCUUGUACAGUCCCUUUUUACAGGGGCGCCUUUUCACACACCUCACAGACAGAACACAGGGUAGAGAGCAACCAUGCCCGAACCAGAACUCGAACCCGGGACGCGCUAUCACUAGGCCAGGUCGCUGGCAAUAAAAAAAAGGCUAAAACUAUUGUUCACAAUUUCAUUUUUUAUAAUUAAUUCUUGAGCUUCUCAAGGUAAUUUAAUUUUUCGCGAGUUAUUUUCCCCUUUUUUAUUAUCAAUAAAUUAUAUAUAUUUGUUUAAAUUUUUCCUUUCAAAUUAAUGACAUUUUAGUUAAAUACGAAAAACAGUUUUUCAAUUUUUCAUCCUCUCUCCUCUUUCUCGAUUUGAUAUCCAAAGAAAUGCUGUCAAAUAGUGUAGUUGCCAAACCCAACAACUGAAAGCAAUAAAAGUGGCAUUCAAUUUUUUUUCACCGUAUUUUGAUACUUUAGGUGGCAAUUUUGAAAAUAAUUAAAUAUCCGAAGAAAGCAACUGAUUUCUUCUGUGUACAGAUCAAAGAAAAAAAAAUUGAAAUUACCUGGAACCUAUUUCUAUUUUUAAGUAAACAAGAAUUUUAAUUCAUGCAUACUUUCUACUAUAAUAUGUACGUUAUAUGACAAUUUACAAAAAUACAAUCAUGUGAAAUCGUUAACUAAAUGCUGGCUAUCCGAACUGUAAAAAUUAUAUAUGUACAGGGAUAAAGUUUCUGUAAGUAUUCUUUUGAUAUUGGCAAAGAAUCAACGGGAAACCUUCUGUUGUGCAUGUUUCUGAAGUCAUUGUAAGUAACUAUAUGUAUUUAGUUAAUGCAUAAAAGUGAAAAUCAAAGUUAUGUUUUUGCGAUAACAAAAUCCAAAGGCUCUCUGAAUAUAUUCCCGCAAACCGCAAUUUUUUUCGAGCAUUACUCUUUUUAUUAUGAUUUUUUGAAAUUUGCACGAAUUUAUGCCGCACUCGGUACAUAUAACAAAAUGACUGAUAUUUAAAUUGUAAUGAAAUGUGACAACACUUUCAUCAGGGAGAAAUGCGAGCAAGUGUUGGGCAGAACACUCUCGAAGGGUUUUUAACCGAAGUGCUCGUACGUAAAGAGAAGUCUUUUCUUGGGAUGAUCUCAAAAUUCGACUGUGCAAAUACUUUACAUAUUUACUACUUUGCACAUCAUGCAAAUGACUUAAACUAUAAAAUAAAUCAUUUAUAAUAAUAAAAUAAUUUAUUUUUGUAAAUUUAUGACAUUUUUAAAAGCAGUUAAUGAAAAACGUUUGCACGGUGCAAAAGUUUAAUGGGUGGACAAUUCAUAAUAUAAAAUGUAAAAUUGAUUUUAUUCUUGUCUGAAUUUCUAAUGCUAUCACAACUACAAGUUCAUGUAACAUAUCAGAUAAUCAUCGUUGGUUAUUCGAAGCAAUCAGUAAAUAUCAUUGUCCAAUCUUAAUACUACUAAAUUAGAGCAGCACAAUUUUCUAAAACGCUCCAAUAACAACAGCCUUUAUGACAAGUUCUAUUUAAUAAAAAUUCUAAGAAUUCGUUUAUGUAUCUACUAUUCUGAAGGGAUUUUAAUAGAAAAUGACUUCUAUUUGCACACAAGAGAUACAUUGCAGAGAGUGAAAUUGAGAGACUAGAAAAGUCUUUUUUAGAAACAAGUACAGGGUUAGGUAGAAAUAAGUUACCCACUUCAGAGGGCUCUAAAAUGCGUUCUAUUGGUCCAAAUAAGAUAAAAUUUGAACUACAAAUUAUUCAGAUGAUGCGCUUGACAUUUAUUAAUUUAAAAAAAUUGUACAAAAAUACACCAAGAGAUGGCGCAGUAACACAAAUGGCAUUUAUUUGCAUAUAUUUAAAAUGUGAAACAUAAUUUGCGUUACAGCGCAUGUCUAUUACCAUUUUUCUUUGGAUAAAAAGAAGGCGAAUUCUGCAGGAACAUUAGUUUCUUCUCUGUUCGUCAUGCCUACGUUGCAAGAAAAAGCGCUACUAGUGAAAUUAUUCUACCAGAAUUAACAAAACUCCGUUGCAGCUCUAAAGGAAUUUCGUCGUAUGAAGCAGAUACGAAGAACCCCAAUGUCUCCAGGUGCCCUACGCAAAAUGAUGCAAAAAUUGGAAACAACUGGGCGACUUGGCAUUCUUCCAGGUUGAGGACGAAAAAAACCCCGCCUUCCAGAAUCGAAAAUGUUGCGACCGCGCUCGUUGAAGCCAGCAAUCAGUCGCCGCAUAAUAGUGUGAGUUUGCCAGUUAUUUCCCGUGUUCUGGAUAUGCCGUAUUAAACUGUACGAAAAAUCGAAAUGUAAAUUUUGCAUUUUUAUCCAUACAAAAUGAAGUCUGUGCACCUAUUGCAGGGUCUGUAAAGCUUUUGCACUUCAGUUCCUUGCUCGAAUGGUGGUUGACACAACUUAGCUAUGGAAUAUUACGUGGAGUGAUGAGGCCCACUUUUGCCUCAGUGGGCAAGUUAACACCCACAACUGUCGAAUUUGGGCAGGGGGAAAACCUCAGGUUACCCAGGAACAACCCUUGCAUCCUGAAAAAGUGACAGCAUGGUGUGGUUUAACAGCUACCUUUAUCAAUGGACCGUAUUUCUUUGCAGAUAUACCUUCAAAUGGAAUCCAAACCUGUUCCGUCACAGGACAACGGUGCCAUGAUAUUCUGAGGGAUUUUGUAAUCCUAACUCUUCUACAGCGUGGAUGCUUUCAAGACAUCAUUUCCAUGCAGGAUGGUACACCACCU